AUGAGGCGUCCAAGCGACAGCGCUGAGCGGACCACGUUAUGGACUUUUUCCAUAAGUGAUGGACUCCAGCUGCACAUUUCAGACCCGGAGACGGUGUCGGGUCAAAAGGUGCAGAGAAAAUACGACUUCAGGUUACUGACGUCUAUUGGAAGCACCACGUCUCGGAGGAAAGGACUCACAGGAUCAGAAAACCAGGACGUUUUUACCGAAACUGAUCCACUUAUAGCAUGUGGAAAGCAGUGCGUCCUGUCCCUGAGACCCGACCCGACUGACCAUGCCUACAACAAACCUGACAACGAGAAACCAAAAGACGAUGAGCUGAACGAGACCGAAAAGAGCUCUGAGAAGACGAUCCCGGGUGAACAGAGAGUGUGGAACGAUAUAAAGACAGGACAGGAGGUGCAGAGAUCGACAACUCGACCCUCCACAGCACCUGCGUACACCCGGUCAGCACCGACUGAAGUAACUCAGCCCCCAGAAACCUCACUGGUCCGGAGAACGAGCCACCAUGAUCCUCCAGACGACGGCACUGCUGGAAAUCAUGUUCUUCACCUCUAUCUGCCAGGAAACCAGCUGUGUGAUCGAGCACAAAACAGACCAGAACAAAAGGACACGAGGGGGGAAAUGCACCAGAGGAUGGACGUCAAAGUGGACGGAGAGGAUACGAUCCCGACUGAAGCACGGCAUGACGUCAACGAGACUGAAGAGCGCAGCACAGGAAAAGAAGAAGAUCUUAAAACACAAAGUGACACGACUGGAGACACCAGAGAAUCUAAACAGGACACGAGGACUGAAGAAAAACAGAACGAGCCACAAGUGGGUGGUCAGAGCUUGAUUAAAUUACCGGAGGAUGAGAAUUCACAAGACAAGAUCAUUCAGGAACCAAGCGAGGAACGUAUCACUUCACACCAGGAAAAACAUCAAACAUAUAGGAACAGCAAGACGUCCGAUGGGAUGGUUAAUAUCAAAACUCACUCACGCAGCUGUGACAACACUUCCAUCCAAACUAAAGCUAAAUUCUCAAGUACAAACCAGCAGGAAUCAGGAAAACAAGAGAACGUUACAUCUAAAAGACCAAAAUCUGAAGCCUCUCAAAUCAACACGCCGACCCAGAGAAGGCAAACUCUCACAGCGUCUGCUUUACUGUUCCCCUGCAAGUACAAAAACACGCCCUCCUCGCCCUCUCCGUGUGUCCUGCCAUCUUUUUACGGCUCCUCGUUUGGCGUCAGAACCCCUCGUACCCCUGAGCGCCACCGAGUUAAACUACGACCCACCAGAGUCGGGUCUGACAACACAGCUUUAAAACCCAUGACUGAAUCCCCCCCGUGCUCGGAGCGUGGAGCGAGAGGAUCACGCCCCGAAAUAAUGAGCCACGAGAGGGGGUCUGUGUCUCGUAAAACGAAAACCACCAAGACGUUCGUUUGGGGGCCUGAGGGGCUCCAGGAGACGAAGUGUGUGUGUGAGCUGCGUGCUCGUAUGAACAGGUGUCGGGGAUCAGACUGA